UAUUAAACCAUAAACAUGAGUGAUGCAGAGGAAACCAAAACAGAGGCACCCACCAAGGUGGUCUUCAAGAAAUCCGGACGAAAGAACCUCAGGCAACGCAAGAAUUCAGAUGAAGAAGAGAAGGAGGAACAACUCACCCUAGAUGAGAUCAAGGAGCGGCAGAGGCUGCGACAGCGGCCCAAUGGCGUCAGCCUGGUGGGUCUGGCGCUGGGCAAGAAGAUCGCUCCCGAGGAGGAGCUGGCCAUAAAGGAUCCCUUCAAUGUGAAAACGGGAGGCCUGGUCAACAUGCAGCAGUUGAAAUCCGGCAAGAUGAAGGAGGCGGACGACGCCUACGACGUGGGCAUUGGCACCCAGUUCUCGGCGGAGACGAACAAGCGGGAUGAGGACGAGGAGAUGAUGAAGUACAUCGAGCAGGAGCUGCAGAAGCGCAAGGGAGGCGGCACGGAGGACGCAGCCGAGGAAGAUGGCGAUGUGAACAAAUACCUGACGCCCGAGGAUGCCGCCCUGUACGCCCUGCCCGACCAUCUGAGGCAGUCGUCCUCGCACCGAUCCGAGGAGAUGUUGUCCAACCAGAUGCUCAACGGCAUUCCCGAGGUGGAUCUGGGCAUUGUGGCCAAGAUCCGGAACAUAGAGGCCACCGAGGAUGCCAAGCAAAAGCUGCUGCAGGAUGCCAAGAACAAGAAGGACGGCCCCUCGCAAUUUGUGCCCACCAAUAUGGCGGUGAACUUCAUGCAGCACAAUCGAUUCAACAUCGAGGACAACAGCGACCAAAGGAGACGCAAACGGGAGGAGAGGGAGGGCAACAAGAACGCGCAACAUCAAACGAAUCCCAAUGGAGUCAAAAGAGCCACAGAUGACUACCAUUAUGACAAGUUUAGGAAGCAAUUUCGCAGAUAUUAAAAGUGCCAGCAAUAAAAAGUACAAU